UUUUGAAGCGGUAGGACGUGUGUCGCGCUGCUGCCGACGAAGUAUUUUUUGACCGCCAACGAACUGUUCGUGCGCGCUGCGAGUCUUUUGUACCUCGGACUACCUACCAACCUACCAGUAAAAAAAACUGCCACUACCACAACCGCGCGCGAAAUAACUCACAGAUACCAACGAAAACCCCAAACCAACGCGAAUUGAACCACCACCGCCAGCGAGUUUACUGUUGCUGCUGUGCUUGGUUGUUUUUUUGUUGUUGUGGCUGCUGCUGUUCUUGUGCCUUACGACCUAGCAGUUACGAAUUUCCCCAAACAAAGUAAAGCGAGAGAUACAAGUUGGAUAACAAAUAGAAGAAAAACGCGAAACAAAAUUCAAGAGGGGACCGAGAUCUUCCCAAACUCACGCACAUCCCAUCUCCACACACACUCCGCGUCAUACCACACCACACCACACCACACACACCAUGUUCACCGAAAAGGGAAUCUUCCCGAUUGGCGACGGACUACUGGAUAUAGACGACGAUCGCCUCAAGGGACUACUCGUCUCGCACGACAUCAACGAAAUAUACGAGGUCGAACAGACACCAUUUGCCAGGGGCAAAUUCGCCGCCGUGCGACGCGCCAUUCACAAGAACACGGGCUCCCACUUCGCGGCGAAGUUCCUGAAGCGCCGACGCCGGGCGCAGAGUAGCGACAAGGAGAUCAAACACGAGAUCGCGGUUCUAAUGCUCUGCGCAGGAGAGCACAACAUCGUCAACCUCAACGCGGUCCACGAGACGCGCUCGGACACAGCACUGCUCCUGGAGCUGGCCACUGGUGGCGAGCUGCAGACGAUCCUGGACAACGAGGAGUGCCUGACCGAAGGACAGGCCCGCCACUGCAUGCGCGAGGUGCUUAAGGCGCUUAAGUUCCUACACGACCGCUCCAUCGCCCACCUGGACCUCAAGCCGCAGAACAUCCUGCUCGCCGGCGAGCGCAUAGAAGAUGGCCUCAAACUGUGCGACUUUGGGAUCUCGCGGGUCGUGUGCGAGGGAAUAAAUGUGCGGGAAAUGGCCGGAACCCCCGACUACGUGGCUCCCGAGGUGCUCCAGUACGAACCCCUCUCCCUUCUGACAGACAUCUGGUCGGUGGGAGUGCUCACCUACGUCCUGCUCUCCGGCUUCUCGCCCUUCGGCGGCGACACCAAGCAGGAGACCUUCCUCAACAUCUCGCAGUGCGCCCUCACGUUUCCGAACAACCUCUUCGGCGGUGUCUCCCCGGUGGCCAUCGACUUUAUCCGUCGCGCAUUGCGAAUUAAGCCAAACGAUCGCAUGAGUGCCGCUGGCUGCCUGGAACACGUCUGGCUGAAGGACGACUGCUCCCUGGACAGAACCAUAUUUCUCCAGUCCCAAAGCGACGCCGAGGAGGAAGACGAUGAUGUCGAGGACGUGGAGGAGGAGGAGGACGAGGAAGAAGUGCCAGCGGCAGAUCCGUUUGACGAGGAAAAGGAGCCGGCAGAUCAGGACCCGAUAAAGGAGCCACAGACACAGUCACAGCCACAGACCCAGCAACAUACUCCUCCCGCUGCCACCCAGACGGUGGGAUCGCAUUCGCCAAAGCCGAGCAUUGCCAGCAAGCCGACGCACAACGGUCACUACCGAGCGAACAGCAGCGGCAGCAUCUCCAAGAUCCCGAUCGCCACCAGCAAGCUACUGAGCAGCCCCAGCUGCGAGACCACCACUGCGAUCCACACCUUCGGGAACGGAAGCACUCAGAAGCCCACCCAAAUAGUGACGCCUACGCGAAGGGCCUCGGACUCGGACAAGGAGAACACCUUCACAGCCACCUUUGUGAAGAAGCCGGUGGCCACAAUCCAGCUGGGCAGCUCCAACGGCAUUGAGGACGCUACAGUGGUGGCCGCAACCCUCACACUGUUCCCGGACGCUCCAACUACACCGAAGGUGAUCCGCAAGACGCCGACGGGGGAGUCGCACAGGUCGGCCACGUCAGUGAAGGCCUUGGUGAAGAAGUUCCAACUGGAGGACUUUACGGGACUGGCGACAGGAGGCCGCCGGAGCGGAGGAGCCGCGCCAGUUUCGCCCACAACGCCGACGACAACAGCCACACGAAUGAUUACCAUCCGGCGGGCCUCCGAGCCCCUGACUGUGGUGAACAAGAAGCAGCCGUCGCCAACUCUGCACGGAAACCCGAGCCCCAGCCCCGGCAGCAGUCCCACCAGCUCCUCGGGCAGCACGGCCGCCUUGCUGAUCCACAGCCAGCGCCUGGGCACCACAUCGGCGCUCGCCAGCCACAUACCCAGCAAUGCCAGCAGCACCACUGCCAAAUCUGCACCACCAUCCGCAUCUGCUCCAGCAUCUGUAUCUGUCACAGCCACCUCGAACAGCAGUAGUUCAGGAAAAGCGGCAGGCGGCCCUAGCUCUGCGUCUGCCCACCAUCUGCACCACCACCACAUGCACCAUCAUCACCACCACCACCACCACGUGGUGAUCGCGGCGAAGAACGCAGCCGCCGUGGCCGCUACCAACAACCUGAGUCUGGACCAGGGUAUCAUCUGUUAGCUAAGGGCCAGCCGGGCGGGCCGCAACGCCAAGAGUUUCUUUCACCGCUUCCUGUGCUGCAUGUAACCGACGGCGGAGGGGGAGAGUUUGCCCCCGGGCGCCGUCCACUGGAGAAGUGGGUCACCUAGCUGCAGGAUCACUAGGCAGGAGGAAGGUCGGAUGGAGGAUGAGUGGAGGAGCAGCAGCCGAUUGGUGGAGCGAAUAAGGAGCGACUGGAUCGAGCAGUGGUGCUGCACCAGGAGACGGAGCUGGAUGGGGAAGUUGAACUGGAACUGUAACUGGAAAAGGAGCGACCAGGAGGAGGAGGAUGCGUUGAUUUAUAUUUGAGGAUAGUUAGUUUUAGUUAAUGUCGGACGGCUUGGCAUCUUCGGCAGCAUGGGAGCCACACCCCCGAGGAUCCGGGAUGUCCCUUACCCACCACACAACACACACACCCACACACCUAGGAGAUGAGGAAGAGAAAGCUUAAAUCUAGAUUGAAAUGAAAAAUGAAACCUGUAAUUGCGGCCGUAAUGGCAGAAUUGAGAAGAUAGGAACCGAUCUGAAAGGGUAUAGAGUUAAGCUGAUUUAGGCGGACUUUCGGUAGACAUAUCAUAAAUCCCAUAUGUUUGUUAUGCGAGAAGCAAGAGAAAAAGUCGAGGAAGUGAACAGAACGUAACUGAACAGACGAGCUGAACAGAGCAUAGUUUAUUGUUUCAACGAAUAUAUAUAUAUAUAUACAUAAAGGAAGAAAUGUCAAUUCGGCCCAGGACCAUUCUGGCGGCCUAGCAUUAAUUAUACUAGUUAUACCUUAUCUAUAUGCCUACGUAUGUACACUUUUAAACAUAUUCAUAGCAUAUAUUACUAUACAUGUACCAAAAACGAAUGGGGAUCUGUCCCAGCGAUAGGAUGCGAGACGAGGCUGCUUGCAUCCGUUCCGCCAUUUGCUUGCAGGCAUGGAGUGUUCGUUAGUCGUAAUCAAUCAAUCAAUCAAUCUGUACCCACUCUGUCAGCCAACACCAGUGUAUUAGUAUCAAUCCGAAGGGUCAAUCAUAAGCAUAUACAUAUACAAGUUGUUCGUUCGUUCGUUCGUUCGCCUAGAAGAGUUUAGAGAAUGUUAAAGCCAAGCAAAAUUGUUAAUCGUGUGUCUGUGUGUUCAAUCGUUCAAUCGUUCAAUCGUUGCAUAAAUGUUAGGAUGGCUAGGAUACAUGCAUUGUAGUAGUACUAGUUGUCAUCGUUAGAGGUCCUGCUCCCAUUCCCAGUCCCAGUCCCAGUCCCAUCCCGUCUCCCCAGUUCACCUCAUUAAGUCGAUUUUGUACAUAUUUCCAGCACGAACACUAUGCAGAGAGCUGCAUACUGUGGAGGUCAGAGGUCGGCCAGCUAGCUAGCAGCAGCAGCAGCUAUUCAAUUAUGUUUAAUUCUUUUUUUUUUACUCGAUUAUCAGUAAUCGUAUUUUAGGGCUUCGAUGCGAGUGUAUUUAUUAGGCAAACGUUUCGAGGAGGGUCAGUUAAUUGUUAAAGGAGAAAGCUUAAUUUAUCGCAAUCGAUUACCUUUUCUUUUAUACUUAAUACUUGCGUGUACUUCUCUUAAUACUAUUAUUUUUUUUUAAUACACCUAAAUCACAGUUACGUGUUUAAUAUAUUUGUACAUUAGUAGUUAAAUGCAGCGCAGCAAACGUACGAGAACCUGCAACCGUGAAAUGAAUAAAAAUAAAAAUAAAAACAAGGUAGUAAGCUGGACGUAAGAA